AUGUCCACUCGCUCCCUCCGCAGGACUGCCCGGGUCCCUGAAGCAGGCAUGGUCGACCCCCAAGUCGCCAAAGCCCAUGCAACAGCUGCAGCAUCGCGCGCCAUGCGCUCCAGCGAGAGAUCAUCUACGGAGUCCAAAAACUCAAGACGCCCAAAUUCAAGUCUGCAGGGAACAGAUGAUGGCUUUUCCGUCUAUUCGAUGCCCGUUGCACCCCCAGCGACACCGAGCCAGUUAAUGGAGACUGAUGCAGUAAAGGCUCAUGUUGGAAAAGCAAUUCUGUCUCCACCGAAUACAGACUUCAAAGGCCUUGAUGGGCAAGACAGCUCAGUUCCUUCAUCGUUCCGCCGACUACGCAAAGCCAAGUCCAUGUUCUCGACGAGACAGCGCUCAUCCCAUAUUGCCUACACAGCGCAGCCCAAGUCUCCUCGGAAUGCUCUUGAUCUUGACCGCAGCCCAGGCUUCGACCUGCCACGAACACUGAGACCCUCCAUCUCUUUCAUUCGAGGAGGUAAUCGUCAAGGAAUGCGAGGGAUUCGACAUGCCAAAAGCCAUGAUGCAGCGAUUCAGCUUGCUCGCAGCCAGUUUCUCGAGGAGUCCAAUGGAGCAGGUCAGACUAGGCGAUCAUCUUUCUUCAUGUCCAGUCGCAACAGGGAGCCCAGGCCGUUCCGCAAGACAUUUCGUAUCACGAGUGACUCUGGUAUCGGUGGGGUUUCUCCUGAGCAGGCCAACUUCAAGCGCUCCCGCAGCAGAUCCAGGUCCUUCUCUGCAUCCAUCAAGAAUGGUCUCAAGCGUGUGUUUGGGUUUUCUAAGCCUCCUGAGAAGAAUCCCCAAUUCCACGACGAAAGCCCUUCUGUCGUUGCCCAAAUGCCUACCAUCGAGACUCGGCCUGUCAGCGCCAAUAUCGUGAUUGAUAAAAACACCAGCGUGGAUAAUUGGAAUCGAUCGAACCAAUUGCAGCCAACACAGGUAUCUCCUGAUCGUGACAGCAUCUGUACAUCCCCGUCGCGCGUCACCAGCUGGGCUGAUUCGACUGCCACCAACACUGUCACCACCCGCAAGACCGGGCAUCGUCAAUCCCUCUCCUUGAUCGAGGAGCAUGGUGACUUGAAUCUUCCACUCCCUCAGAUGCCUGUUAGUCUUGGUGCAGAGAACCGUUCGCCCAAUAAGAGACCGAGUGCUCGCAGAUUCAAUGACUGGGUUAAUAGCCACGACUUAUACACCGCACUAAUGCAGCAGAUUGGACAAAAUGCGGUGCAUGAUCCUGAGGAGGAUGUCAUUUUCGGCACCGUACCAGAGCAUCGUGUGAUUCCAGAGCGUGCCUCUUCCGUUCAUUCACAUCGCAGCAGACGAUCCGUUCGUCAUGUCCAGAGCGGAGAUUCUACGCCCGUAUCAUUUGCAACCGCCCGUCGAGGUGAUUCUCAGUCUCCCCAUAGACGACCCCAACCGAGCAAGUACGUCCAACGAUCCCGGGUGUCUACUUAUUCUCCUGGUCAAGAGAACUGUCGACCUUUGACCACCCAUUCGGUCAAAAAGUCUCCCGUUUCGGCAUUCAUCAUUGACGAACAUUCAGACGAAUCAACUGGAAGCGUUGUAGUCGCCCAGUUGGGAGACCUGAACCAGCUGUCAAGAUCUUCAAGCGUCUACUCUCGCUCCACCGGCGGCGACCCCUCCACAAAGCACACCAGUGCCAGUGGUGGGGAGGCUCUGGACUCAUAUGGAGAGCCAGGUACGGUGACUAUCUUCGCUUCUGAACGCCACAGCUCUCCAACUCGAAAGGCUGGAUCAAAGGCCCAGGUGCAGCCAAGUACCGAUUGGCAGCAGUGGAUGAGCUCGCAGAUAGAAAGGAUCGAGAGCACGAACCCUGCGAGGGAGCACGUCCGGGAGACUUCACAGUGCCAGGAGGAUGAAGAUGGAUAUUUUAUGGGUAUGAUACGGCGAGCCCCAGUCCUAGGCUCGGCGACAGUUUUGCCAUAUGUUGAGGGGUCAGAUGGGCCGGUAUGUGGUGUAGUACAAAUACCGGCAGAGGCCAAGUCAUCGGCUCAAAGCAACUUCUCUCGUCCCUUCAGCCACUCAUCCAGUGUGCGAACCAUUCUCUCCUCACAAAGGAUCGAACCCAGCUUCGCGACAAUUGAAUCUAUCAACCCCUCUGACGCUAAUGUCAAUGCCAACCGGGCUGAAGAUUCCUCACCCAUACUUGAAAACUUUUCAAAUGAUCACCCCUUGUCCCCAAUACGUGUAAGGACUGCAAAUCUGCGUGACGAGCCUGAGUCUCCUACUCCUCAACGGAAUGGCGCCGGUUCCCAGAAGCGCACCUGGACACAGGAUCAGUAUCGGCGGUAUUCCGCACGACGCCCAAUUGCAAAUGGGAAGCCCAACUCAUUCCGAUCCAUGCGGACGUACCGGGACUUACGUGGUCCGAACAACGAGAAUGCUCGGCAGCAGGAGGAGCACGACGAGAUGAUGGGCGAGUAUCACAAGCUCCAGGACAUUCACUCCACCGUCUCCAGCAAGGACAUGGUGGAUAUGUUUUUGAACAGCCGACGACGUCCAGUAGAGACGGCCCCUUCGGUCGACAAGGCCGAGGUAUUUCUAUAA